CGCACAGCAGAGGAGCGCGCAUGCGCUGCCAGCGCAGUGCGGAGGCGGGGUGCGGCGCGGAGCGGAGGAGCGCGCGUGCGCCGCGGCGGCGUUGGCGUUGCCGUGGCGACGGCCGCGGCGUUGCCGUGGCGACGGCGCGGCGCCGCCAUGGAGGGGCAGUACACUUUCGCGGACGGCCUGGAGUACAGAGACACGCGGUGGCGUUACUGCGACGGCUACGACCGGCGGUUUUACACGGAAAUCUGCUCCGGUCUGAAGCCGGCAGGCAUUUCCCAGCUUACAAAUUUGGAUCCUCCUAGAAAAAUCCCAGAAGGAUGUUAUGACUGUGGUGAUGGAUUCUAUAACCCCCAAACCAGAGUUAUCAUUGACUACAAAUUCAGAUUUCUGAGAAAUGCAGGUCUGGAAGCAGGCUUUAAGAAUACUCUGGUUCUCACCUUUCACCCUAGCCCUAUUAUGAAGCAAUUUCUGAUUGUUUCUCUGCUGUUUGGAAACGGGGCAAGGAAGCGUACUGCCUUGGCAUUCACUUUCCUGCUGAACUGGCAGCAUCCAGAUAUCAUUCCAGAAGAGAAAAGAAUAGACGCCAUUUAAAAUCACUGAGUUUGCUUCCACCACUUCUUUGUCAAGAUGAGUGCAUGCCGAGGACUGCAGAGCCUCCUGCUAGAUUUGGCAAGACUUGCCAAAUUUCGCUAGCAUGGAGGUCUGAUACUCAUUUACUUAAAGAGCUCUUACUGUCAAAGCAGCACAAAAGCCCAUCAUGAAAAUGCAAUCAGGCCCAGGGAAUGAAAUGACAGCAACGAUUUUGUUCUGCUUCUUAUCUAGCAAAGUUUUCCAAAUUCUCAUUAAAAUCUUGCAGUUAUUACUCCAUUCCUAAACCUCUGUUUCCUUGGGGAGCCUCAAAUUUCUCUUGAUUCUUUGUGUGUUCUUCAACCUUUUGUUUUUCUCUCGUAUUGUGAAGUAGACAAAAUUGGACAGAUAAAUGAGAAUAUGUAAGAGUAUUUGUUUGUAAGAAGAUACAGUGUUUAUUUUGAAUAGGUCCUGGGACUAGACUCCUAUCCACUCAGAAUAUUACUUUUUUUUUAGAAAUUGGACUCCUGGCACCUUUGUUACAAAGUUUGGUUAAUACAAAGAUGGGAGGAUUUCCCAAUUCAGUGGAAAGAUAUGACGUUAUGUUUAAUGCAAAGCAGGGAGGUACAAGAAGGGCAAUGAUAUUUAUGAUUUAGGACCCCAAAAUGUGGAGCGGGCCGUAACUUUCGAAGAGAAAAUACCAUUAAAAAUAGAAAUCUUGUUCUACUGAUAGAGAAAGAAUAAUAGGAGGUUUUCUGGAUCGCAUCUCUUUUGAUGAAAAGCAAAGAUACUUCUGGUGAAAAUUGCUCCGUUUCUUCCUCGGUUCUCCUGAAGCUGGGUUAAAUGGCAUAAAUCCAGCUUUUGCUCUUUGUAAUAUGAGAAUAUUUGUGCUUCUACUUUCAUAUUCCAUUUUAAAGUUUAACUAGUUGGUGUACAGUGCAUAGGGUAGCUUUCUAUACUGCAGUGAAUAUUACCUGGGAUAUGUGGAUCUCGUCAUACAAAAUCAAGAAGAGGAAGGACACAAAACCUGCCUUUACACUAAAAGCCUCAGUCGGAUAACUGAAUUAAUAUGCACAUAACUAAGAGCAGGAUUAGGCCCAGAAAAACAGUACUAAUGUCUUACUAAGAGGAGAGCUUUUGGUGUUGCUGUGGUCCCAAGCCAGCUGCAAUCAACUUAGGAUUUCUACAAGCCUGAAAGUCUUGUAAAAAGCAGCAGGAAAAGUCCUGCUGCUUCAGCAGUCAUUGUAAACCAAAAAGGUCAAGACUCAAGAAUAUUAUUUUACUCUGUACUUGUAAAAGUCUGGUUUUAGAACCUCUAAGGUUCCUUGGCAUUGAGGCUCACCCAACUCCACAGACAAGGUUGAGAAGACAUUUUGUUUCUAAGCCUUGAUAAUCAUAGACUUACAGUUUUCUCACAUUGUUACCUUGGGAUGAAAGCUCUCAUGCUUGGUCUGAAUGAGUUUAGAGGGAUUUUUUUUUUUUUUUUUUUUUGAAAGUUGGUAGAAAUAUACUCAUCUAUUUCAGACUUAUCCAAGUAUACAAAUCCAUGAGACAAAUCUGCUACCUUUAGACUUUUUUGUUUUACAACUCAAAUGUGACUUGCACCAAGUGCUGUUUGGGAAAUGUAGACUUUGGCUUGCCUGAAAAAUAUAGCUGGGAAGCAGAGCCAUAACCACUCAAUAAUUAUGCUGGGUAAUAUUUCUGUACCUACCCCCCAAAUACAUGCAGAUGUUUGCAUGCUCUUUCUCAUAAACUACUGGUGAGCUGGGUGUGGGAUGAGGACCUGGCAGUUUUUCAGGCCUGGAGUAUUUCUGGAAAAAAGACAGCAAGUUUAACUUAAAAGUAGUCUGUGGUGCAGAAAAAAAAAGAUUGCCUGUACUUAGAGAUCAUGCACUGAGCAUUAUUCCCUGUUCCUCUUUGAAAUUGCCCAUUCUGAUGAUGGAGGGAGUGGAUGAACAGGCUGAUUCCAGGCUAGUCCCUAGUCAUUGCCUAAGAAUGUAAGAGUUGUUUCGGCAGAUGACCUUAGCAAUGGAGAGGAAAGCCCCAGCAAUAGACAUGCACAGGGAAUAUAGUAUUUUUGUGCGAAUGAAUUUAGCUUCCCAUAGAUUUAAAUGUCUACUUACAACACAGGACCAUUUAAUCUUUUGUACAUUUGUUUCUUUUUUAUUUGACUUAAGAUACUGAAUUUAGAUGAGGUUUAUUUCCUACAUAUUGAAACUCUUAAAAGCUCUUCAAAUAAUUGUUCUUUGGAUACUUGUUAAGCUAAAGAAAUCAGUUUUGAUCGGCAGUAAAAGUUCAUGCUAUUUUAAGUGCAAUGCUAUAGCUAUUUUCUGUUGUAUAUUUAAUCAUUUUGAAUUAUAUGUCAUGUAAAAGAUUUUAGCUCUGGGGCAUUUGCCAGAUGGCUGAUUCUGCAUUUCACACAACAAAAGAAAUAAUGUUUGUGUAAAGCUCUUAAAAAUAGUUGGUAAUCAGUAUAUUCUAUAACGAAUGGGAUCCAGACCUGUUUGGAAAAAAAAACAGCUUUUGCAGAAAUUAAUUUAGAGGAUUUGGUCUCUACCUCUGGGCUCUGAACAAAACAAAUUGUGUCUAUUGUUUGCUGAUUUUUUAACAUUUGACAAGUUAACUUGAAUUGUAAAUUUUAUGUAUUUUUAUGUUAAAUGCCACUUAUUGCAAUUCAUUGAUCUUUUUCUCUUUACUUUGGCUGGAAAACUUGUAUCUGAAAAAGGGGUUUUAUAAAAUAGAGAAUUAGUACUACUCUGUUUACACAAGUAGAGCGUACCAACGUGAGUAGCCCCUUGCUUUUUCUGCAGCAGCUGAAGUGCUUGUCCUUGUCCUGUUCUGCUUUGACUACUGCUGACUCCUCUUUCUGGCCUCUUUGAUACUAAUUCCUCCAAAAUACCAUAGCAAAAAAUACUUUGCCUGUCUGCCAUGGCACUCAGCUUGUAUUCUCUGCCCAAAAGGCUCUACUCAAGUCCAUAUAAAUUCACCCUUUGGUUUUGUCUCCCCCAUCUCCUGUAUACUUUUUUUUCCAUUGCAUCUAGUCCUAGGACAUAGCUUUUUCUGCCUAUAUUCAUACAAAUCCCCAGUCUGCUGGUACUUACUUUCCAGAAUCGUUACUUGCAUGAUUGUCAGAAUAUUUUAAAAAUACAACACUAAGAAGAAGGUUAGAAAUUCUACUACAACUCUUCCAUCUUGGUCUCCAAGUGUCUCUCCUCUAUCCCUUCCUAUUUUUUAGAUAGAUAGCUCUUGUCUUAUUGUGAGAGCUUCGGACCUAAAUAAUUUUAACGCUUAACAAAUAAAUUAGUUGAGGAAAAUUUUAGAAGGAGGAGAGGCAGAAGGUUAGUAAGUAUCAAACUGAGGACUGCCCAGUGGGCAAGGCAAAAGAAUGAAUGUUGGUGAGGAGAUGGCAGAAAGAAAUUGAAUCUACUUAACAGUCUUAUGUGAUAACAUCUCAGAGAAAGUCCCUGACUCUCACGAGAAGUAGCCUCAUGCCUAUCAUCACUCCAGUCACUUUUCUUUAUGCUGGACCCAUUCACAUACUCAUCAUCUCCCCUUGUCUCCCCUUGUCUCCUUUUUAAGAUGAGGCACGUUUUGAUCAGGCCGUUGCAAAAUACAUACUUAUUAUGUCUUUCUCGCUGUCAAAGUCUAUUCAGGUGACAGAUGUAGUUGGAGGCCUCUCAUCUGUGUAACCGAGAAAUUAUUUUUAUAUUAAAUAUGCUUUACACAUUUUAAUAUAAACUAUACCCCACUCAGUAAAAUAGAUUAUGAACCAAUAUGAUUUGUAUUCGAUACUGUAAUUAAGAGUGAAAACAUAUGCAUCAUGAUAUAAAUUCUUUGGGUAAUUUCAGUAGCUAUAGCUUUUGCAGAUAUAUUGUUCCUUGUGGUUUCCUGGUCUUAAAAUAAUUAUCGUUUUGAAAACUGUGAAGCUUUCAAUUCCAAAUAGUGACAUGCCAAGAAUAACAACUUUGUUUGUGUGCUAGCCAUCCCAUUGUGAAUCCAUUAGUUAGGUUAGAUGCAAGUCUUACAGGCACUUAUAUUCAACCAUACAGUUCAUGUGAAAACAAGUUUUAUAAGAGAUGGAAAGUUCAUUUUUGGGCCAUUUUGGAAUUACAGUAAUUAAAUGUAAAUGGAAGGGUGAGAAUUUGUGGGUGGAAGCAAAGGUUAAUUGAAAACAUAUUUUCCGUUUUCUUGCCAGCCUUGAUGUUGGUGAGGUCAGGUGCAAUAAGGAAAGUGAUGCUGGGGACCCAGAGAGGGCGGUGGAAAUGAAAGGGGUGUGCCAGGCAGAACCCAUGGCUGAGAUGUUAUCACAUAUGAUUGUAAUUGUGUAGUGGAAGAACACGAUAAACUGCACUGCGGGUGAUGGGAGGAGUCAGGCAUACGAAAGAAUUAACUGAUGCUGUUGUUUACAAUAUUCUGCGUGUGCUUGGCCCUCUACAAACAAAGAGGAAACUCGGCUCCUGUUCAAGGAGCGUCUAUUGUCUCUUACAAAUACAUUCUCUUACAAAUCGUAUUUAUGGCAAGCCACUCUUACACGCACGGCUGUGUCUGCACAGCUAAAUGCUGCGCUCCGAGGGGUGCACUGGAACGGUUAGCCCCUGAUUGUCCUGAUGGAGGGGCGUAUCAGAGCACAUCUGCUUCCCUCCUUGCUCGCGUGGCCUUUAACAGAAACGAGAGCGAACGAGGAGAUGAUGCACGCCCACAUCUGGUCCCAACACACUGUUGGGCAGUGAAGGGAACCAAGGAUCAGAACUGGGUAGUGCAUCUGGGAGCACAUCAGGCCUUCAGUGUAGACACAGCCUUUAAGACACCAGGAGCACACACAUAGGUAUGGUGUGCGGGAUGAACUCACAACACCGAGUCAGACAAGAGUGUCUGAAAGGUUUUUAAGGUGACCAAUGCAUCUCUUUUCCCUUUGUAAGCCACUAAAUAUUCUAAUUUCCAUGUGGUGCAUCUUCCUGUGCACCUCUAGAUGGUUUCCUGGGGAAAUAUAUUAGAUGGAAGGCAAAUUCUGAACCUACAGGAGAAUAUUCCUGUUUUCUAACAGACUCCAUUCUGCAUCACACAGACACCUAAGCAUGCAGAGGCCUAAGAAGUAUCUCACAUCUAAGGUUUCCAGAAGCAACACAGGAAUGUAAUUGUUAAAAGCAAAUCAUUGUAAACC